ACAACAAGAAAUAAAUUCUUAUCUAGAAGCCCAUCAACUUCCACCGUAUAAAAAGAAAGUCAUCGACAGAUACCUAAGACGAACAAUUAGACAAGAGAAAGAUUUUGAUGUCAACCAUCUCUUUUCCCUACUUGAAGAGCAUGUUGAUUAUAAGCAACACAAGAAUGAGACAUUCUCAGCAUGGGUAACCAAAAUAAUGGAUGUGGAAAAGCAUGAGCUUCAACAAAAGGCAGAGUUCUGGAUAUCAAAAAAUGGAAUUUGCCAAGAUAUGGAGACAAGCAUUAUGAAAUACGCAAAGUUGAGAUUGCAAAAAGGAAGAGAUGUGGAUAUCGAACAUCUUUUGCAUAUUCUUCCAUCGACACUAGGAAAAUCCAUUAAGGAACACAUUUGUUUCCCUUUGUUAAAAAAGGUUCCACUGUUUCAAAACAUGGAUGAAGGUGUUUAUAGAACAAUUUGCGAAUUUCUAAAGCCAGUCAUAUAUUCGGAGAAAAGUUAUAUCAUUCGAGAGGGAGAGCCUCUUGAUAUGGUGCUCUUCAUCACACAAGGCGUUGUUUGGACCUUCGGAAGCAAUACUAGUCUUACAAACCGUCUUCAAAAAGGUGAUUAUUAUGGAAAUGAACUCAUAGAAUGGAGGUUCAACUCAAUUUCAUAUAAUAACUUUCCACUCUCCAUUGCAAAUGUCAAAUCUCAAACCAAAGUUGAAGCCUUUGCUCUUAUGGAAAUUGAGUUGAAGCAUGUACUCUACAUUUGUUGGCCCAAGUUCUACAAAUACAACAAAACCAAUGAAUCCAUCUCUGGGAGCAUGAAUUAUUUUGCGGCUGCAUCUUUGCAACGAGGAUUUCGACGUUUUAUAAAGAACAAAAAGGCACAAGAGAAUAAGGGACAAGAAAAUAAGACACGAGAGAAUGAACAUAGCAUACAUGUCAACUCAUAAUAUUAUCCUUAGCCUUGUAAUAGCAUAAACAUACGGUAUUAGAGAA